GACAACACUGACAUAGACAGAUUUUCUCCUGGAUGAUCAGUCCUCAACAUGGCCUUUGGGGUCUCUCAAUGGUGCCUUCAUUGCUGAUGUAACUGAGUCCAUCUACCUUACUGCUGGUUGUCCUCCUGCUCUUUUUCCUUCCACUUUUUCCAGCAAUAUGGACUUCUCAAGGGAGUUGGGUUUUCGCAUGAUAUGUCCAAAAUGAAUAAUUUGAGCCUGGUUAUUUGUGUCUUAAGUGAGAACUUGGGAAUGAUUUGUUCUAUGAACCAUUUGCUUGUUUAAUAUUUGUGUGGAAUGAAUGAAUGAAUGAAUGAAUGAAACAUAUUUAAGCAUCGCUUCUACUUUGGCCGUAAAUUCUAUUCUCUUGUUCUUGGAUCUCCAGACAACACCAUGAUAUUUUGGUUAGUGGAUGAGGACCGUCGCAAGGCGGUGCCUUCAGCUAUCUCAGUGGAGACCACAAGCUAUGCGCUUCUCUACUUGGUGAAGCAAAAAGAUAUUGCAAAAGCUAGCAAGGUUGCUAGGUGGCUGACAGAGCAGAGAAACUAUGGAGGAGGCUUCAGAUCAACACAGGACACAGUGGUGGCUCUGGAAGCCCUUUCCUUCUACUGGAUCAACUCUUUCAAAGAAGAAGAGAAUGAGCUAACAGUUUCUCUUAAUGUCCCUGGAAAAAACUUGCCUAUACAGCUUUUCUUUGGGAGAUCCAAUGAUCCAGUCCAGGAAGAACUACAGUUUUCUUUGGGAAACGACAUUGAUGUCAAAGUAGAAGGGAAAGGAAAAGGAACUCUGACGGUUCUCAAGCAGUUUCAUGUCUUGGCUGUCCAGAACAACACCUGUCAAACUCUGGGACUAGAAGUGACCGUGAGCGGCUCUGUUCGCCGAAGCUCUGAACUGGAAGAGUACUAUUAUGAAUAUGAAGACAAUGUUCAGCCCACAUCACAUCCUGCUAACCAACCACUAUCACGGAUUGAAUUAUUUGAUGUCCAACAGCGUCGCAGGAGGGAGACCAAAGACCCCGAACAGUUAAAACAGGAGGUCACCUACAAUGUCUGCUUCUGGAGACAGCCGGGGGCUCGUGUUUCUGGCAUGGUCAUUAUUGAUAUCAGCUUGUUGAGUGGCUUUCAGCCUGAUGAGGUGGACCUUUCUCAGCUGCAAGAAGUCCCUGAACAAUAUAUCAACUACUGGGAGAUUCAAGGACGACGGUUGCUCCUUUAUUUUGAGCAGGUGCCAAAAUCGGGACGUGAGUGUAUCGCUUUCAGAGCCAAACAGCGGGUAUCUGUAGGAAAACUGCAACCAGCCAGUGCUACCAUCUAUGACUUCUAUGAACCCCAACAGCGCUGCAACAUCUUCUACGGGGCUCCCAAUAAGCCACAAUACGUGUCCGCGUUGUGCUCAGAUGAUGUCUGCCAGUGUGCUGAAGGUGCCUGCCCACGCUUGAAGCGUACUCUUGAGGAAGCUAUUACAGAAGAAAUCCGCAUGAACUUUGCAUGUUACAGUCCCCGCGUGCACUACGCGUUCAUCGUUCGAGUGGAGCGCGAGAGCCAAGAAAGUGCCUUCCGGGUCUAUGAAGUUAAAAUCCGGGAGCUCCUGCAGUUCACUGCAGACUCCAAAAUUAGUGUCAAUCAGAUCCGUCGCUUCGUGGUUCGGUCUGCUUGCCGAACUCGCUUGGCUGCAGGCAAAGAAUAUUUGUUGAUGGGACGUGACGGUGAAACUCGUGACUCAAAUGAUCGCCCGCAGUACCUGCUGGAUAAGAACUCCUGGAUCGAAGAGCUACCGGAUCCCCGGCGCUGUAAAGCCACCCAGUAUCGCAACACUUGCAGUCUCCUUCAGUCUUUCACCGACUCCUUUGCUCUAAACGGCUGCCGCAUCUGAGCCAAAGAACCGUGCGCCUUCAACUGCCAUACCUUGAUGCAUCGGGACCUCUGCCACUUUGGGAGAAGGAGAGACGCCACGGCAGAAAACCUCCUCCUGAUCGCUACGUUGUGAGUUGCUUAAAACUUUGUGAUGAAAGGAUCUGAAGACACAAGGAGAGUCUGUUGGCAUCAAACCGAAGCAGUUUUUAAGAGAAAACAGCCAGCAAGACUCUGGAAAAUUAAGUUACCUCUAAGUUGGGGGUUCUUUCGUUGAAUUUGGCUCAAUGGGACAACCAUAACUUUGAAAGGAUUUCAUUCUCUCCAAAAUCAUUGUUACUACACAAUCAUUUCUGUUCCGAUGGUUGUCAAUUUCAGUAUUUUUUUUUCCUAGCCAAAGCCCUGUUUCACACCAUUCAUCAGUUUUAUUAAUUUUAAUCAAAAGUGCUUUCCAUCCGAGAAUGAAAUUCCUUUCUGAAUCCGAGUCCACCUUGUCACUGGAAAAAGUAACCAGAUCAAAUGAGAGUGUGUUCUACUUUACUGUCUUGUAGUUGGUAAAGAUGAGGAGACCCCCUUCCUCCCCCUCCCCAAUAUGGAGCCUCCUAGGGACUUAGCCCUAUGCAUUCAAGUUUCUGCUCGGCUGGACAGACCUCUAAGUUUCACAUACUCCCACAUUUAAAUGUUUAUAACUCAACUGUCUUUUCAUGUGUUUUUGGAGAAGCCUGAAUUUUGGUAAGUCCCGAUCCAAUAACAAACUGAAGAAAAAUUCUCAGCAUUUGCGAUUUCGCCAACCAACAUUUUCAGUCAUCUCCUUGGGCAGCACCUAUCUCGUGAUAGGCUAGAGUAAUCUUCCCCCAAACUGAUCUACCCUUUCAGGAAUCUGCUUAGCCAUGCUGGUUAAGGUUUUAGUCCAAUGUAUCUGGAUUAUUUUUGAGCGAACAGGUAUGUCUUGCAAUGAGUGGUCACUGUUUUGCACUGCUUCUUCAUGCAAUAAAACAGUUUACUCUCA